CCACGUUCAAGAUGCGCAAGGAUCCGUUCAAGCCUGCAGCCCGCGUGGCCGGCCAGAAGCAAGAUGUCUGGUCCAUCGUCAACGAGGCCGCUGCCUCUUCCAAAGUCUCUGAUGUUGUGAACAUGGGACAAGGCUUCUUCGGCUACAACCCUCCCCAAUUCGUCAUCGAUGCCGCCAAGGGUGCUCUGGACAGAGUCGAGUGCAACCAGUACUCGCCCACCAAGGGAAGACCUCGUCUGAAGAAGGCUUUGGCAGACGCAUACUCGCCCUUCUUUGGGCGUACUCUGUAUCCUGAGAAAGAGGUCACCAUCACAACCGGCGCAAACGAGGGCAUGCUCUCGGCCUUCAUGGGCUUUGUCGAGCCCGGCGACGAGGUCAUUGUCUUUGAGCCUUUCUUCGAUCAGUACAUCCACAACAUUCAGAUGCCUGGUGGUAAGGUUGUCUACGUGCCCCUCCAUCCCCCAGAGAAGGGUGCCACUCAGACCACUUCCGCUGGUGACUGGUCCAUCAACAUGGACGAGUUGAAGGCCGCUAUCAACGACAACACCCGCAUGAUCGUUCUCAACACCCCCCACAACCCCAUUGGAAAGGUCUUUACACGGGAAGAGCUGCAGGCAAUCGGUGACUUGUGCGUCCAACACAACAUCAUCAUCCUGAGCGAUGAAGUCUACGAUCGUCUCUACUACACGCCUUUCACUCGCAUGGCUACUCUGUCCCCUGAGAUUGCCAACCUGACUCUUACUGUUGGGUCAGGAGGCAAGAACUUCUACUGCACAGGUUGGCGUGUUGGAUGGUUGAUCGGUCCUGAGCACCUCAUCCAACCCGUUAGUGCUGCCCAUACUCGUAUCUGCUACAGCAGUGUUAGCCCUCUACAAGAGGCCACGGCUAUCGGCUUCGAGGAGGCUGACAAGCACAACUUCUGGGACGAGACCAAGGCCGAGAUGAGAGGCAAGAUUGAUCGUUUCGUCGCUGUCUUCGAUGAACUGGGCUUGCCCUACUCCGAUCCCGAGGGUGGUUACUUCGUUCUUGUCAACAUGUCCAAGGUCAAGCUGCCAUCUGACUACCCCUUCCCUGCACACGUUGCAAGCCGUCCUCGUGAUUUCAAGCUAUCGUACUUUAUCAUCAAGGAGCUUGGCGUUGCUGCUAUCCCUCCUACCGAGUUCUUUACUGACGACAACGCUCAUAUCGUCGAGGACUGGUUGAGAUUUGCCAUCUGCAAGAACGACGACGUGCUUGACAAGGCAAAGGACAGACUCAGAGGUUUGAAGAAGUACAUGCAAUAAGCGCUCCAAUAC